AUGGAUGACAACAACCAACACGUGUUUGAGAGCCCAGUCUUCAGGUGUGGAGUCACUGACUGUCAGAUGAUAUUCACAUCAAAACAGCAUUUGUUUCAACACUUGGAUCAACACAUGAAUGAUCUCCACUUGGGAUCAGAUGUCAAACAAGAACCCGAAGAUAAUUGUGUGGAACCGAUGGAUAUGGAAAUGCAGACACUAUUGAACACCACUUCAAAGCCAUCGACAUCUCAAUCAUCACAAGAGAUGGUAAACAAAGACAUGAAUGGGAAGAGUAGUGAAGACUCGAUGGAAAUGACAUCAAAACAAUCGAUGUCUGAAUUCUUGAGACAAAAUAAGUCCGAAAGAGAGAAAUGUUUUGAUAGGACUUUUAAUGCAUUCAUUUGUCCCAUAAAUAAGUUCCACAAGAGUUUCCAAAAGGAUCAACACUUUCAGCAACAUUUGCAGAGGACUCAUACCACAAGACAAUACAUCUGCACUCAUGAGGGCUGUGGUAAAGGCUUUAAUACAGCGGACAUUUUGAAGAGACAUCAAGUGAUUCACAAAGAUAUCAAAUCAUUUCAUUGUCCACACAAUGGCUGUCAAUACAAAGCCAGUUGUGAGGAAUAUUUGAAACUACAUCUGAAGAGACAUUCAACGGGUAAAGUCUUGAGAUGUGAUAUCAAUGGAUGUGAUUAUCACACCUUUAAUAACGAUUAUUUGUUGCAACACAUGAAAACAAAGCACAACAUAAUUAAAUCAUAUAAAUGUCAUUAUAACGGCUGUUACUAUAAUUGCGUUACCAAUAAGUUAUUGUUAACACAUCUGAAGACACAUUCAACAGUAGGAAUAGUUGAAGUGAACAGAUGUCUUGUCAGUGACUGUCAGAUGACAUUCUUGACGAAGAGUGAGUUGAAUGUCCACCGCUUGACACACGGGUCCGGACCGGCCAUCGAGUGUGGGAUCAAAGGCUGUAAUGAAAUAUUUUAUACGUUUUCCCAACGCCUGAGACAUCGGGUGUCGGUUCACAACCGACGGACGUAUAGCUAUCGCAGAGGAAAACAAUGGUUUGAAUAUAAGGAGAAAACAGAGACACAAGAAGUGAUGCAAACAGUGGAUGACAACAACGAAGGAGUAAAUGAAGACAUGUUUGACAAUAACAGCAAACGCGUGGAAACCAGACUUAUUGCCGGCAAACCCCAGAGCCUGGCGUUGAAGUGUGGGGUCACUGACUGUCAGAUGACAUUUGCAUCAAAAGAGGAUUUGUAUAAACAUUUAGAUAAACACAUGAAUGAUCUCGAGUUGGGAUCAGUUGUCUGUGAAGAACUUGAAAAUAAUUGUGUGGAACCAAUGAAUACAGAAAUGGAAACACUAUUUAACGGCACUUCAAAGUUAUCGACAUCUCAAUCAUCACAACAAUUGGUGGUAAACAAAGAUAUGAGUGGAAAGAGUAGUGAAGAAUCUAAUGAACAGCCAAUGAGAGCAACACAUGAAGUGAUGCCAAGAAUAUAUGACACCAUUAAAGGUUUGGAUGGCGUGUCUCUGUUUAGAUAUCUUCAUAUAUUUGAUCCGACCAUUGAGUGCGGAUACGAGGGAUGUAUUGAUAUGUUUCACACGAGAAACCAAUUAAACAAACAUUGGCUGAAGACUCAUAGCCUGAAUACGAUUGUCUGUAAGGAUCAAAGUCUGGAGUUGGGAUCAGUUAGUAAAGAAGAACACGAAGAUAAUUGUGUGGAACCGUUGAAGACAAAGACAACUAAUAUGUCUGAAUUAUUGCCACCGAAUACGUCAUCGAUAUCUCAAUCAGCAGAAGAGACUGUUCUUCCAGUGAUGUUAGACGAAGACAUGAGUGGAAACAAUGUCAAACAAGAACCCGAAGAUAAAUGUGUGGAACCGAAGAAUACAGAAAUGCAGACACAAGUGAACAACACUUCAAAGCCAUUGACAUCUCAAUCAUCACAAGAGAUGGUAAACAAAGAUAUGAAUGGGAAGAGUAGUGAAGACUCGGUGGAAAUGCCAUCAAAACAAUUGAUAUUUAAAAGCAAACAAAAGUGUUGUCUGAAUGACAGUAAAGUGUUGACCAAAAGCGAGACAUUUAUCCGACACUUAAACCAUAAAACAGAGAAACAGAUUCAUUGUCUACACAAUGGGUGUCAAUACAAAAGCAUUUCUAACAAUGAUUUCAUACAACACUUGAAGACACACUCAGCCGAUGACUGCGAGACACCGCGACGCUGCCAAUGGCCCGGAUGUCAGUAUAUGGGUUCACAACUGAAUAGACAUAAACUGAUUCACAACAAAGUGAGGCCACACGCGUGCCAUUGGCCACAAUGUGGCAAACGGUUUAACACUAAAAGUGGUCUCAAACUUCACACAAAUAUACACAACAAUAUUAAGCCAUUUGCGUGCGAUUUACCCGAUUGUGGCCAACGGUUUGUCACUAAAUUUCAACUCAAUCUUCACACUAAUAAGCACAACAACUUCCGGCCAAUUGCCUGCGAUUGGCCCGAAUGUGGCAAACGGUUUACCACUAAAGAUUUGCUUAAAUAUCACGUGAAUAUUCAUAAUAACGUUAAGCCAUACGCGUGUGAUUGGCCCGCGUGUGAGUAUCGGACCGCUUAUCAGCCGAGUGUUUGGUCACAUAAAAUACAAACCCACAAAAUGUACCCAACAAUGCACAACGGGGUGGCCAACGGGACGAUACAAUACCCGUGCGAUUGGCCUGAAUGUGGUCAACAGUUUACUAAUAAGCAAACACUCAAAUAUCAUAUUAAUGUCCACCAAAAUGUUAAGCCUUAUGCUUGCGAUUGGCCGGAAUGUGAGUACAGGUCAGCCAAUCCGGGCAGUCUUUAUACCCAUAUAAAGUAUGUCCACAAAAAGCAUGUGCACACCGGCGGCGGCGCCCAUAAAAAUAAAAAACUGUUCGCGUGUUUAUUCCCCGAAUGUGGCAAACGGUUUGCCUCUAAACCGACGCUCACUGACCACAUGAAUGUCCACAACAACGUCAAGCCGUAUGCCUGCGAUUGGCCUGAAUGUGAGUUUAGGACACACUAUGCGCCUAAUGUUCGGCUCCAUAAAAAACAUGUCCACAAAAUAUAA